GGUGAUCGCGUGGUCGAGCAACCCCUGGUACACAGGUUUUGAUUUUUGUUAGUCAAAGAACUGUUUUGGUCCAUGGAAACACAUGCCCUUCGACGCGCCAUGGCACCAUUGUUGCGUGGAAUGAGCGAGUAGGGACGGUUUUUAAGCGGAACAAAGGCGCCAAUAAAGGGAGGGCGAACGUUUGGCGCGGAACGGUGGGAAAAUCGAUAAAUACCUACGAUCUUGUUUGCUGCCAACGUGUGCCCUUACGUCGUUGACGCUUACUGGCAUAUAUACGUACGCGUGUACCUUGUCUGUCUUUUCAGAAUUGCAGGUGCUCUUUCGGAGCCACCACUUUUCCAGAUUCAAAGAAACUUGGGGCCUACGUGAGAUACGCACGUGCCUACAGAUGCCCGUCCACCCGACAAAAUGGCAUUUCGAGAUCGACGACUACCUUAAUCCCUGGCUGCCCCCCGCACCAUGGAAGCACCUCCCGUACCCGGUCGCCCGCUUCCUUGGCUACAGGACGGAGCAGCAGCGGCCGCUGGGUAAUAUAAUUAUGGUCCUGUGGGCCUUCAUCGGUGUCUUCUGCGCUAUCACUAUCAUCGAAGUUGUGAGUCGCGCGAUUCCCGCCUUUAGGGAGCACGACACGCCCAUCAUUAUCGGUAGUUUUGGCGCCGCCGCCGUCCUCGAGUUCUACGCCAUUGAGUCGCCCCUUUCGCAACCCCGCAAUGCUAUCCUAGGCCAGCUUCUCUCAUCCAUCGUUGGCGUGGGCAUCAGUAAGCUGUUUGCCUUAGGUCCUGUGUCGGAGGAGUUGGCGUGGCUGGGAGGAUCGCUGGCUUGUGCAUGCGCGGUCGCUGUUAUGGCCCUGACGGGCACUAUCCACCCCCCAGCAGGCGCCACGGCCCUGCUCGCGGUAAUGGAUGCGGGCGUGGUGCGGCUGGGGUGGUUCAUCAUACCAGUUGUUCUCCUCGACUGUAUGUUGAUGCAAUGUGUGGCCCUAGCCCUGAACAAUAUUCAGCGGCGCUUUCCCGUGUACUGGUGGACUCCCUCGGAGGUCGGGUGUCGAGAAAAGCAGCAACAGCAGCAUGAUGAUGGUGAGAGGAGUGGUAGUUAUGAUGGUAGUGAGGCCGGGGCUAAGUUUCAGAUUACCAAAGCACGGCAUUUAGAAGAAGGGAGAGUUGUUAUGGAAGAGGAGUCUAAGGUGAUCAUCAAGCGAGGACAAGUUUUUAUCCCUGAAGAUGUAUAUAUUUCGCCGGAGGAGAGAAUAUUCUUAGAGAAACUAAGUGAACGAUUAUAGGUUUUUGCCUCUGUUCCCUUUCGUCUCUCUCUCUCUCUCGCACAUAUCUGUAGAGGUCUAUCGGGUAGU